UUUUAGUCAAAAAGAUGUAAACCUAACUCAAAUAUAGCGUGCCAAAUUGGCCAGCAGAUUUUUCCGUAUAUUUGGCUUUUGUUUUGCUCCUAUUUUUGUGGCACCUGUUUAGAGAAAGAUUUAGAUUUGGUGGGCACUUUUGUUUUUUUUAAAUAAUUUCUUGGACGGUUGAUUGAAAGCGAAUGCCACUGGUAUUAGUUUGGAAGAAAGUCGUAGUAUUUGCUUCACAAAACACUCAAUUCAAUGUCGUGGGCUAGUCCAGAAGACAUUCUUCUCUCAACUUCUCUCGCUACCUAUCUUGACAAAAAAAUUCUUGUCCUGCUGCGUGAUGGUCGGAAGCUCUUGGGGCUGCUCCGUUCCUUUGAUCAAUUUGCGAAUGUUGUUCUUGAAGGUGCUUGUGAUCGAACUAUUGUUGGAGAUCUUUACUGUGACAUCCCCUUAGGUCUAUAUGUAAUCCGUGGGGAAAAUGUUGUUUUAAUUGGAGAGCUGGAUUUAGAAAAGGAGGAGCUUCCCCCGCAUAUGACUCGUGUAUCAACAGCAGAAAUAAAAAGAGCUCAGAAAGCAGAAGGGGAUGCUACAGCUUUAAAAGGCUCCAUGAGAAAAAGAAUGGAGUUCCUUGAUUUUGAUUAACAGAUCCUUUUCUUUUUGUUACAAGUUCAUACCUUGUCUGCAAAUAUUAGUGCAGUGGUAACCCUAAAGAUAUCGAAAGAGGGUAAAAAAAGCAGAACUUAUUCCUGCUUCUUGUCUUGCUGGAGAUUAGUGGAAGGGGAAAAAAACAGUAAUUCCUUAGACCUCUGUAGCAUGUGGCUUAAAUUGAUACGUUUAGCACACAGAACUGGGUUCUUAGUUUUAGUAAGGUUUUUGAUUUUUUUCCUUAGUUUUAUCAGAAUUAUGUUUAUCUCCCCAUUUAUUCUCUUUUUACUCACUCUUCCAGUAUCUGGUUCUCAUUUGAACAAAUUGUUGUUGCUUUGGUGCCGCAUUUUGUAAUGGCACUGUGUCUUUCUAUUCGUUUGUAAUGUGGUUAUGUUAUUUAAAAUUACAUGCAAAGAUUCUUUUAAUAACGGUUAAAAUCCGUGUAUUGGUGUU